AUGCCUAUUGGCGGAGAUUGCUGUAACGAUGGAACCUUUUGUAAAGCCGGCACCAAGUGUGAUGGUAACGGCGGAUGUUCCGGCGGCACCGGAGGCGAUGGAAACGGCCAGUGCCUGUCAACCGAAACACCCUGCAACAAUAAAUGCAUGCCUAAGGGAGCUGUCUGUUGCGGAAAUGGACGAUACUGCAAUACAGGAUACACCUGCAUCAAUGCCGGCCUCAACUGUUCUCCUGGGGGAACCGGCGGCAACGGCGGUGGCGACAUCUCCUCGCCUGCUCCCGACGUAACACCUCAGUCUUCCUAUGUGUUGACGUCGGGCAAUGGUGCUUCGCCUACUGUAACACGUCCUGGAUUCACUCCCUCUGCUGAGGCGACUACUCCUCUGGCUACGGGCAAUAACCCUAGCCCUACCAAUGCUGGUGGUGUUACGGCUGCAGGUACCCAGGCGCCUACCCAGACUAAAGGUACCAGUGCCAGCCAUGCUGGUAUGCUUCAUAUGCCGUCUUUCUUGGCAGCUGUGGCAAUGGCCCUUCCUCUUUUGUUGUGCCUAUAA